GCACCGUCUGACGUCAUACACACGCGCCGGCAGCAACGGGACCCAAGCGUGGAGUAAACGCGUCGAAUACAGCGGUCUGUUUUGAUCGUAAUAUCGUCCUCUUUAUAGCGCGAUAUGGAUGACGAGGAAGAGACAUACAGACUAUGGAAAAUUAGAAAAACUAUAAUGCAGCUUUGUCACGAUCGGGGUUAUUUGGUGACGCAAGAUGAACUGGAUCAGACUCUGGAUGAGUUCAGAAGCCAGUUUGGCGACAAACCCAGCGAAGGUCGACCGCGACGAACUGAUCUCACGGUGCUGGUCGCCCACAACGACGACCCGACCGACCAGAUGUUUGUGUUCUUCCCUGAGGAGCCAAAGGUUGGCAUCAAGACCAUAAAGAUGUAUUGCCAGCGAAUGCAAGAAGAAAACAUCACCAGGGCCAUCAUUGUAGUCCAGAUGGGCAUGACGCCCUCCGCCAAACAGUCUCUGGUAGACAUGGCGCCUAAGUACAUACUUGAGCAGUUUCUUCAGCAGGAGCUUCUAAUCAACAUCACCGAACACGAGCUUGUUCCAGAGCACAUAGUCAUGACUAAAGAGGAAGUGACCGAGUUGCUGGCGCGGUAGUAUCCUUUGAGUUUUGGUUGAAGUUUAUAGCAC